GCAGUUAUACCGGCACCGAACGGAUAGAAGACGAGACAUACGAUAAAUUGGUCUGAGACAAUUUUCCCCACCAAACCUCUGCUUGGACAGUACAAUAAAGGUCUUUCAUUCAUUCAUACCCGGCUCCAUGCAUCCCCGCAGGACGGGCACGUGCAAGGCGCACUGUACCGGCGUGAUAGACAUUGUAGACAGCAUGGGCCGGAUAGUGUGCACCGAUAAAAACCUAACCGCUCUUCUCCCUUACACCACAUCUUUCUCGUCCUGGAGUCACGUAGGGCAGAAAACUCGCAAAAAUUCCCCUCUUGGUAGCUAGCCAGCGACCGUGGGUAAAAAAAAAUCGUUCCUUUCUUAUCAUUCCAAGAUCGGCAAACAAUCAGAUCUUUACGAUGGAAUUCUUGAGACCACAGUGCCACGGAGCUGAGAGAAAAAGUACAACGCGACCGACCGCCACCUUGAACUCUCUACUAGCAUUGAUUUGCGCGGUAACGUUAACACUAGCGCCUUGUCAGAUCGCAGGUAACCCGCUACCGACAGUGCUGAGCACCGAGACGACAGCCACAACCGGCGGGCCACCAAGCGAUGAGUCCCCGACGGAGAACACCACAGCCCCCGCUGCUGGCCCUCUACGGGACUUUGAGGUGGAGGGAAAGUGGGAGAUCCCCGACGUCUCCACCUACGACGCCCUGGUGGAACGCUUCGCCAACGGCAGCGAGUUUCUGAACUACACCGCGGUCGUCAGGUGGGGAAAUACCUGUCGCAAGUACGUGGACUACUACUACGACACGGCGUCCCUGGAGCUGACUGAGAAAAUGAACUCUCUAAGGCACAGGACCCGGUACCAGGCCUCGCCACCGGCCGCCAGUAACGCCUGGCUCGACGUGAAACUCGCCAGCUGGGUCACUGAUUGGGACCUCAUUCAGUACAAAGGGAGCCCCAGCCGUGUAGGAGCGAUCUGGGGUAGAGAAGAAGUGGGAAGCCGUGAGAGCGAACCCGAUCAGCCCACCUCCCAUGCCGUCAUCUCCUCCUGUGGAAGCCCCAGUCGUGUAGGAGCGAUCUGGGGUAGAGAAGAAGUGGGAAGCCGUGAGAGCGAGCCCGACCUGCCCACCUCCCACGCCGUCAUCUCCUCCUGCGGGAGCCCCAGCCGUGUAGGAGCGAUCUGGGGUAGAGAAGAAGUGGGAAGCCGUGAGAGCGAGCCCGACCUGCCCACCUCCCACGCCGUCAUCUCCUCCUGCGGGAGCCCCAGUCGUGUAGGAGCCAUCUGGGGCAGAGAAGAGGUGGGAAGCCGUGAGAGCGAGCCGGACCAGCCCACCUCCCAUGCCGUCAUUUCCGCAUGUGACCUGUCGUACGACGCCAUACGCGUCAUGAAGAGGGAACAUCCCCAGCUGGACUGCGCAGACUUGAGACCCUCGCUCAAGGUGGACGACUAUCGACUCCGCAUCGGGCUGGAAGACGAGAACAGCGUUCGUCUGUUCGAGGUGUCGCUGGACCGCUAUCUCCUCACCGACUACCUCUUCAACUCCUGGCCCUUUGGCGCGAUGGAAGUGGAGAUAGAGAUCGCGGGAAACAUCACCGAGGAGUCGGUGCGAAGUCUCGGGGCCGUCGCGGCCGCCCUGGAGGAAGAAUUUCCCGGUCUGCGCCGCUCCACCUACAGCAAGGGCGGGCUGUUCCUUCCCGAGGCCGAGGGCACCGUGGCGGGGCUGAUGUGCGGCGGGGAGGGGUGGCCCUGCUCCGGGGACUACACGUGCGUGCCGCGGGGACAGAGGUGCGACGGGGUCGCCGACUGUGGCGACGGAAGUGACGAAAGACAAUGUCCUUCUGACCGGAAGUGACGACAGACAUCGUCCUUCCUAAUACUUCGUAUUAUUAUACUUUGUAUAUAUAUAUUUUUUGUAUUAUCACAGGCAGCUAUUGCUGGUGUCUGCUGCGAGAUUAGUUCUUAUUUCGUCCUCUUCACGAGUCAAGCAAGUGUCUGAUGUCUGAAACAUUCGUACUUUAAUAUGAAAUACCAAUUCCAUUGCCAAUGCAACGAACGAUGCACUUAUUUAUAUACGUUGGUGUAAGGUAAACAGAAAGGGUAGAGCUACCUGAAGAUAAAAGUUAAACUUUUAUUUUACGCUUUGGUGGUUUUGGCCAACUUACGCAGGUAUAUUACCUGUUUAUUUUGUUUUUGUUCUGUGAAAGUUGAUGGUUUUCUACAAGAAAA